UUGGGUAUCUCUCUCGUUGCUUUGGCUAUCUUCUCUGAUUCUGUAUGUAGAUUGUAGGAUUCUCAGCUGCUGCUCGAGGCAAAAGACUUGAGUAGAGAGAGAGAAAAACGAAGUAAAAAUAGAUAAAGAAUCUAGAGAGAGAAGUCGCCGGGAAAAUGCUGGUGAAGCUGCAGGUUCCGGCGAGUUUCCGGCGAGUUUGAGUGGCGAAAUCGAAAAUGCAAGAGACUUCAUUGGUUAAUGAAGGAAUCAACAAUAAUAACACCAACAGCGGCAACAAGAAGAAGAAAUCUGAGGAAUAUAGUAAAGAGGAGCCCGAGGUGGCAGCCACGGCUACUGCCGUGGUGGUUCCAGCGCCGUUCGUCGUCGGCCGAAGUCGAUCUCAGGCGGGUACGAGGAGGGUAGCGCCGACUACUACAAUCGCAUCUGCUGCCUUCGCCGUACCCACCAGUGGCGCUGGCGCCACCACAAGCGCCACCGUCGAGAAGGUGCUGCCGAAUGGAGAUCUCUACACGGGGAGUUUUGCCGGGAACGUGCCUCACGGCACCGGGAAGUAUCUCUGGACGGAUGGGUGUAUGUACGAAGGGGAGUGGCGGAGGGGGAAGGCUUCCGGGAAGGGAAAGUUCUCAUGGCCAUCUGGAGCCACCUACGAAGGCGAAUUUAAGGGUGGGAGAAUGGACGGGUUUGGUACCUUCAUCGGCUCUGACGGAGAUACGUACCGGGGAUCAUGGAAUGCUGAUCGGAAGCAUGGGUUUGGUGAGAAAAGGUACGCGAAUGGUGAUUUCUACGAGGGUUCGUGGAGGAAAAAUCUACAGGAGGGGCAUGGGAGGUACGUGUGGAAGAACGGGAAUGAAUACGUCGGAGAAUGGAAGAACGGUGUGAUGUCCGGAAGAGGGGUUUUGAUUUGGGCUAAUGGGAAUCGGUACGAUGUCCAGUGGGAUAACGGCGUUCCGAAGGGAAAUGGGGUUUUCACGUGGCCGGACGGGAGCUGCUAUGUGGGUAGUUGGGGUAAGGAUCUCAAAAACCAGCAACUCAAUGGUACGUUCUAUCCCGGCAGCGUUAAGGAUCAGAGUUGUAAUCAGAGGAGUCCAUUGAUUGAAGAAAACUUUCUGUUGGCAACUAGGAAGAGGUCUUCGGUCGAUGGUGCAAGGGGGAGCUUGGCCGAGAGGAAUUUUCCUCGGAUUUGCAUUUGGGAAUCAGAUGGGGAAGCUGGUGAUAUCACUUGUGAUAUCAUCGAUAAUGUGGAAGCCUCGAUGUUUUAUCGAGACGGAACGAACUUGGAUCAGGGAGUGGCUGCCUUGCGGCGGAGGAGUCCGUGUUGUUUCACCGGCGAGGUUAAGAAACCCGGGCAGACGAUAUCGAAGGGGCAUAAGAACUAUGAUUUGAUGCUUAAUCUCCAACUGGGUAUCAGGUAUUCCGUGGGGAAGCCUGCGUCGAUACUCCGGAACCUUAGGCCUGGUGAUUUCGAUCCCAGGGAGAAGUUCUGGACGAGGUUUCCACCGGAAGGAUCAAAGGUUACGCCCCCUCAUCAGUCCGUGGAGUUCAGGUGGAAGGAUUACUGCCCCAUGGUGUUCAGACAUCUGAGAGAGUUGUUCCAGAUCGACCCCGCGGAUUACAUGCUAGCCAUUUGUGGAAAUGAUGCGCUGAGAGAGCUCUCUUCCCCAGGGAAGAGUGGAAGCUUCUUUUAUCUUACACAGGAUGAUCGGUUCAUGAUUAAGACCGUGAAGAAAUCUGAGGUCAAGGUGCUUCUUAGAAUGCUUCCAAGCUAUUACCAACAUGUUUGUCGGUAUGAGAACUCCCUGGUCACUAAGUUCUUUGGUGUGCAUUGUGUAAAACCUGUGGGCGGCCAGAAGACUCGUUUCAUUGUGAUGGGAAAUUUAUUUUGCUCUGAGUAUCGCAUCCAUAGGCGGUUUGAUCUCAAAGGGUCUUCYCAUGGCCGAACAACUGACAAGCCUGAGGGGGAAAUCGAUGAGACAACCACCCUUAAGGAUCUUGAUCUCAAUUUUGUCUUUCGCCUACAACGGUCUUGGUUUGAUGAGCUCAUUAGUCAAAUUGAUAGAGAUUGUGAGUUCUUGGAAGCUGAGAGAAUAAUGGAUUAUAGUCUUUUGGUUGGUCUUCACUUCUGUGACGAAUACUCUGAUGAAAAGACAUUGCUCUCUCCAUUAACUAUGACUUCCUGCAAGAUGGAUUCAUAUCAAGACCAAAAGGGUUUGAAUGGAUGCCAGUUUUUUGAAGCAGCACCACAAGAUAUGAGCCGGAUUCCGGCUGGCCGGAAGCCGCUGGUUCGGUUAGGUGCAAAUAUGCCGGCAAGAGCAGAGCAGGUGGUUAGAAGGAGUGAUUUUGAGCAGUUUAACCCAAGUGGGGGUGGCAAUUUGACACCCUUGCGAGGUACUGGUGAGAUCUAUGAAGUAGUCCUCUACUUCGGGAUCAUUGACAUUCUCCAGGAUUACGAUAUCAGCAAGAAGCUAGAGCAUGCAUACAAGUCCUUGCAGGUCGACCCAACCUCCAUAUCCGCAGUUGAUCCAAAGCUCUAUUCAAAGAGGUUCCGAGAUUUUAUACGCAGAAUAUUCAUAGAGGACAGGUAGCUGAGAAGAAGAGGGCAACAACAGAGUAACACGGGUGGGAACAACAUGAUCCAUCGAUCAGCAAUCAAAUUGCAGGUCAUAUCCCUCGGAGCUUCAACCAGGGUUCAGAUGGUCCCAGGUGGUGGCUUGUAAUUGGCCCAAAGCAUUUCUGGGACUGAUUGGUGGCGCUGCUGGUGGCGAUGAUAUGCGGAUAAUUGGGGAGUUCCCUUCAUGGCUGAAUUUUGGAGAUCAGCCAUGUACAUGAACUGUUCGGGUCGGGAGGAUCUGUAUAUGUUUGAAACAGGCGGGAGGAUUGGAAUCUUAUUUUUGUUUUAUUGGGUUCUCUUUUUUCGUUUUUUUUUUGGGUAACCAGGAAAUGUGAAGAUUUCGGGAGAUGAUACGGGAAAAUAGAGAAAAAAACGCUUCCGAGUGAGAGAUUUAAAAUGGUGAUCGGAGAAUAAGAAGUGUACAGUACAGCUAAAGGAUAGAUAAAGCAAUUUUAAGAUUUUUGAAUUUUUCUAUUA